AUGGCUUCAGAAGCAAUGGAGGAUGUCCAGGGCACAAAAAGACCCUCGAUCGAUAUUGAGAGCAUCAGGCGCAAGAAGUUUAAGACUGAUGAUUUGCCAUUGUCCGCAGCGCAACAUGCCGCCCUCGACAAACUCUUGCAUUCGUUCAAGAAGAAGGGUGGAUUCGACAGUCUUCGCAAGAAGGUCUGGGCGGAAUUCAAUGAAGGGGAGUCCAAAUCCGCGUUCACCGAUCAGUUGAUCGCCCUUGCCGAGUCCGAGGUCGAGCGUGAACCUGCCCUACUUUCCCGUGAGCGAGGCAAAGCUGCAACUCUCAUUGAGGGUGCAGUGGACCGGGGCGAUGUCUACAAGAGUGUGGAGGAGUCCAUCGGCCAACUUGCAUUCAAACACCUCGACUUCAUCCUUGACUCGGUCCGCGACAUUCGUCGCCAAGACGCCGGGGACGAAGUGGCAGCAAAAGAGGAAGAGUUAGGCAGCAAAACUGAUGCAGACUACGAGGCUUAUGUUAAGGCCAAAAGGGAAGAGCGCGAGAAAGUCUGGCAGGAGGAGAUGCGCAAGCAAAAGGAAAUCGAAGAAGAGCAGAAGCGCAUCAAGGCCGAAGAACUCCGCAAGAAGCGAGAGCUUGAGCGACAAAAGGAAGAAGAAGAGCGAGCUCGAAGGAAAGAAAUAGAUGAAAAAAGGCGGGCGGAGCGGGAACGCCUACGUGAGGAGCAACGCGCCCUGGAUGAACAACGUGAACGCGAACGACAAGAGAGAUAUGAGCGACGAAGACGAGAGGAUCGGGAGCGGUAUCGAGACUGGGACCGAAGAGACCGAGACCGCUUCCGCGAUCGCUCGCCGGUGUAUCGGUCUGAUCGCGGCGCCUCUCCCCGAUCUCGGGACUCAAGACGAGAAAGAUCCUUUACGUCGAAAGACCCUACCCCUGCGCCUGCUCCACCCGUGGACGAGAAAUCCCUUGAAGAAGCCGCCAUGCAAAUGCUCCUCCAAGAGGGCGAAGAGCGUGCCGCCAAGGCUCGACAGAAACCCGAGUUCGACUUUGAAGAGGCCGAAGCCAUUGAGAACGGACUCAAGCCCGUAACCUCAGCGCCUGCGCAGACAAAGAGUGCCACCGACUCGAAACCCUCCAAUGCCCCAACCCGGGCUGCUAGUCCGACCCGAGACUCGGAUGCAAAACGGCGAGACUCGAUCGCAGAUCGACCAGAGCAGAGCAGACACCAUGCGCGAGAUCGGAGUCGCAGCCGCUCGCGCCCACGAUAUACAGAUCGCCGCCGCGACCGGUCUCGGGAUCACUCUGUGAGAUCCCGUGAUCGUGAUAUGGACGACCGCCGCAGCUACCGCGACUUCCGCGAUGAUCGGGCUGGUGACCGGAGCUACAGACCUACGCGUCGUAGCCGCAGUCGAUCAGGUGUCCGAGGGCGUGAUAGAGACCGCAGCAUUGAACGGGAGCGUGAUAGACGGCGGGAUCGCCCGCGAUCGAGAGACCGUGAUAGGGAUUAUGACCGACGCCGCAGCCGCAGCCGCAGCCGCGACAUCGACCGUGACCGUGACCGCGACGAUUUCCGUCGACGCCGUAGCCGCUACUCUCGAUCUCCAUCCCAUCGGCGUUCCCGGAGCCGCCGCCGGUCCCGGUCUCGGUCUCGCCGCCCUUCUCCUAGUACCCUGGAUAUUGACCGUUACGUGCCUUCAACCAGCCAUCGCAGCAAGUCGCCCCGGCGCCGAGUACGAUCGCCGGAGCGUGACCAGCGAUCACGCUUCGAGAUUGACCGCUACAUCCCUAGCUCUGAGCGAGAGAAGGAUCGUGAAAGCAACACCGACCGGGGUAAAGAUCUGGAGGAUCGCCGACCUCGCCGGCGGAGUCCUAGUCGCAGACGGAGUCGAAGCCGAUAA